AAGGCAUUGCCUCCAGAAUUCGGGUGGACUAAGGAACGUGCCCCCGCUUACUUGAUACCCCAUAAGCUGGGGUUACAUAACCACAAAACAAACACUCUUUCCCAUCUCCAGGGCCCUCUGGAAACACCACUAGCCAUGGAACUUCCUCAGCGCCCCGAGGCCAGUCAGUCUCCCCUGCGCGACCAGCACAACCCAUUCCGCCAUUCCCCCCGCCGAUCUCGACCACAAGAUGAAGAAGCAGGAUUCAUGCCGACGAGCCCAGCAUCGCAUUCAAGGCACCAGCGUAUUCUAUCAAAUUCAUCCUACGUUGAGACUUUGGCAUCCCCUGUCUCGCCCGUACCAACGACAGAAGGUAUGGUCUCGCCACGCACGGGUACCCCAGUUGCAGGUGAAUUUCAACGAAAGCGAAGUUUGAUUCGCCCAGAGCGGAACAGAAUCGACCGAGACCAUCCAAAUUAUUACUAUAGACAGCAUGCUGCGAACAUGGAUGUUCUACCGUCCUCGACAGGGAACGAUCCGAUUAUGGAAGACAUACAUGCGGAACCAACUCCGACAGAGACCUCCGGGCUACGAACAUCUAAUGAAGGCGAAUCUGACGGACGGAUCUCUCUAAAACAGUCUCCACUUGACGGUGAUACAGCAGAUCGCACAUCCACGGAGAAGGGCGGCUUCUCAUCUACGCAUCGAAAGGUAAAGAAACGUAAGAUGACGAAGGAGGAGAAGGCAAGACAGAAGGAACUCGAAGCUCUAAAGCCACCGAGUCUAUGGAAUGUUUACUGCGCUGUCGUUACGUUUUGGUGCCCUGACUUUCUCCUGGGGUGCUUUGGGAUGCCUGCCAAGGAACAGCGAAGAGCCUGGAGGGAGAAGAUGGGGUUGAUCAGUAUCAUUCUGAUGAUUAUGGCAUUUGUUGGUUUCCUGACCUUUGGUUUCACUGCAACUGUCUGCGGUGCCCCAACGGUUCGAUUACAGGUCAAUCAUGUGUCAAGCGGAUACAUGAUCUUCCACGGCAGUGCAUAUGACUUAUCGCAGUCUCAUCAUCCAGCUGCACUGGGGAUCCCAGCUGGCGCCAAUGUUCUGUAUGACUUGCCUGAAAAGCACGGUGGCCAAGACGGGAGCUUUCUGUUCCAGAAUGUCAAUGGCAAAUGCAAGGGUCUCAUCACAUUGUCACCGGGAUCCGAUGUACCGACGAAUGACAAUGGAGAUCUUGCAUGGUAUUUCCCGUGCAAUACCUUCAAUCAAGAUGGAUCAAGUCCUAUCAACAAGACUAUUCCUAACUAUCUAGGUUACGCCUGUCAUACUACGGCUAACGCUCGUGAGACGUUCUACCAUGGCCUCAAAAGCGUUGGUGAUGUGUAUUUCACCUGGGAUGACAUCAGGAAUGUAUCAAGGAACUUGAUGGUCUAUUCUGGUACCGUGCUUGAUCUCGAUCUCCUGAAGUGGUUCAACGGGACACAAGUCACUGUUCCGUCUCGAUUUGUUGAGCUCAGCGACCGCUCGACAGCCACCAACGCAGCAGUCCACGGCCGGGAUGUUACUCAUUCUUUCCAGUCCUCUGAAGACAAGCAAAUAGCUCAAUGUCUGGAACAAAUCAUCAAAGUCGGUUCGGUUGACACGGAGACUAUCGGAUGUAUCGCCUCCAAAGUUGUCCUUUACGUCUCCUUGGUGUUUAUUCUGUCUAUUGUGAUCUCGAAGUUCAUCCUCGCGCUCAUAUUCCAGUGGUUCAUCUGCCGCAAGUAUGCACCUGCUCGCACAUCGCAAUCUUCCGAUGCGAAAAAACGGAAUCAACAAAUUGAAGAAUGGUCUGAUGAUAUCUACCGUGCUCCACCACGACUCCCUGGUGAUGUUGGAAGUACUAUUGGGGGGUCUGAUAGAACGAGCAAGAGAGCGAGCUUCCUCCCCACGACGUCCCGCUUCACCAGCCCCUAUGCUGGAGACAGGUUAUCACGUGGCGGCCGUACAAUGCCAACCACUAUGGCAAGCCAGAGUUCUACAGCGCUUCUUCGUCCCGGCUCUAUGUUCAAACAGCCAAACGGUAGUCGAAGCAGCUUCUUACGACCCGAAUCAAAAGUGUACAGCACUACUGGCAGCGACUCUGAAGGACCCGGUCCUGCUGGCUUCAUCCACGAAGCUGUAGUGCCUCAACCCCCUGCUGAUUGGCAGCCUUUCGGUUUUCCUCUUGCCCAUGCCAUAUGCCUUGUCACCGCCUACUCAGAAGGUGAGAUGGGUAUUCGAUCGACUCUUGAUUCUGUAGCUACGACAGAUUACCCCAACAGCCACAAGACCAUCCUUGUCAUUUGUGACGGUAUCAUCAAGGGCCAUGGCGAGACGGUAUCAACUCCCGAUAUCGUUCUAAGCAUGAUGAAAGAUCACGCUAUCCCCCCGGACGAGGUAGCUCCCUUCUCGUAUGUGGCCGUUGCCAGUGGAUCCAAGAGGCACAACAUGGCGAAGGUUUACGCAGGUUUCUACGACUAUGGCGCCGACUCUGCAAUACCCCCAGAAAAGCAACAGCGCGUGCCAAUGAUGUGCGUGGUCAAGUGUGGUACUCCCGAGGAGGCCAACAAGAGCAAGCCUGGGAACCGAGGAAAGCGUGACAGUCAGAUCAUCCUGAUGUCCUUCUUACAAAAGGUUAUGUUCGAUGAACGCAUGACGGAACUGGAGUUCGAAAUGUUCAACAACUUCUGGAAGAUCACUGGGAUUUCGCCGGACUUCUUCGAGAUUGUGCUCAUGGUUGAUGCCGAUACCAAGGUGUUCCCCGACAGCUUGACCCACAUGAUCUCGGCCAUGGUCAAAGACCCCGAGAUUAUGGGGCUCUGCGGCGAGACCAAAAUUUCCAACAAGAGGCAAAGCUGGACUUCUGCUAUCCAGGUCUUUGAAUACUUCAUCUCGCAUCACCUGUCAAAGUCUUUCGAGUCAAUCUUUGGUGGUGUUACUUGUCUCCCUGGAUGUUUCUGCAUGUAUCGAAUUAAAGCCCCCAAGGGAGGCCAAAACUACUGGGUUCCCAUCCUUGCCAACCCCGACGUGGUCGAACAUUAUUCCGAAAACGUUGUGGAUACCCUGCACAAGAAGAACCUACUGCUGCUGGGAGAAGACCGAUAUCUCUCCACCCUCAUGCUGCGGACUUUCCCCAAGCGCAAACAGGUCUUCGUUCCGCAGGCAGUGUGCAAAACCACAGUGCCCGACACUUUCUCCGUCCUCCUCUCGCAGAGACGUAGAUGGAUCAACAGUACUGUACACAACCUGAUGGAGCUUAUCCUCGUGCGAGACCUCUGCGGGACGUUCUGCUUCAGUAUGCAAUUCGUCGUCUUCAUCGAUCUGGUUGGUACGCUGGUUCUCCCGGCCGCCAUCGCCUUCACGUUCUACGUCGUCAUCAUCUCUAUUGUCCGCAGACCUCCUCAGAUCAUCCCUCUCGUGCUGCUGGCGCUGAUUCUUGGUCUUCCUGCGGUUCUGAUCGUGCUCACGGCGCACCGCUGGUCCUACGUCGCCUGGAUGUUCAUCUAUCUCCUCUCCCUCCCCAUCUGGAACUUUGUCCUCCCGGUGUACGCGUUCUGGAAGUUCGACGACUUCUCCUGGGGAGACACGCGCAAGACGGCCGGAGACACGAAGGGUGGGGGACACGACGACGCGGACGGCGAGUUUGACAGCUCGAAGAUCACGAUGAAGAGAUGGGGAGAGUUUGAGAAGGAGCGGCGAGUCCGAUCGCACGCGGGGUGGACGAGCAGCGCUUACGGCAGCAAGGAGGGCAGCACGAUCUGGCCGGCGCAGCGCUCACAGAGUGGGUACGACGAGUUCUCGGACAUGUGAGGGGCGG